CCUAGGAAGGAGGGCUGUUUCUUCUCAAGAAGCAGGGAGUCUUGCUUGUGUAAUGGCUUCAUGUUGCUUUCUUUAAAAGCACCCCUUGUUCAGGUGUACUGCAGAGCGACCAGUGCUUUAAGUGAUGGUUUGAAAUACUUAGAAAUGUGUUCAGCACCUUUGAAGCUGACAGAAACACCUUUCUGCUUUUACCUGUGUUAGGAAGAGGGAAGGCAUUUAAUGAGGAAGCUGAGGAGAAGAACUGCCUGUUUCCUUCAAUGGGAGCUGAAUGUAGCUUGUCUGUUGGAGCAGUUAGCAGUGAAUCUGAGUGCACGUGGCAGCUACCUUCUUUGAUGGUAGUCUUGCUGCUCCUCUUACAGAGAAAACAGUGAUCUGUUUCUGGGAUCGUCUCUGGGAUGAUUCUUUCAUCAGUAUACUUGCAUACUAUCAUUUUGACUGUGGCUGGGUUUGGGCCUUUUGUUUUUUCCCCCAAUCUGGCCUAGCAAAACACCUCACUGCCACAAUUCAUCAUCCUAGGGAUGUGCUGUUGAUAAGCCCGGAGCAUUUUGGAGUUGGUUUUCCCUACUCUGUUCUUCGGAUGAAAGUAUAAAUGGAAUUUGAACGAGGAAUUGGUAAGUUCUGGGUUCCUUUGAAAACUGGAACAAAUCCUCCUUUUAGGCAUACGAUUCUCCUUAGUACCUCAAGAGAAUACCUAGAAGAGAAGUCUUAGUUUUGAAGCUGAACUUUUUGCUCCAAUAUAUACCUAACUGGUAGGUAUGGGACUGUAAAUAGUGUAACCUGUUACUGACCUUUCCCUGCUUGUCAACUGUAGUAACACCAAUGGAGGUUGACUUGAGACCUGCUCCCACGUGAUCUUCAUCACAUAGGUGCCCUCCAGAGUGUCUUUGGAAGAGAAGAUCUUGAUAGGAAUAAGCUCUCUGGGUUUUUUUAUAGUACUGUUGGAACAAUUAAGUUGCUAUGCAGUUUUGCUGUUUUUCUGCCUGGUAAGUGUAGGAAAAGAGAACACAAAUAGCAGAGGGCCUGAGAAGGGGUCAGCUCACAAUUCCUCCUAAUUCCAGGCAGUUGGAAAUAGGAGACUGGGAUCCCUUCCUUUUGCUACUUGAGCAUGGUGAACCAGGGCUUGGUUUCCAGCCAGGGGUGCUUGGGUUAUUAGGAGCUGCCCUGGAGAUGGAUGGAGAAAGAGAGGGUGGGGUUCCCAGGCAGAACACGGGGGAGGCGGGGAGCCAGGCAAGAGGAGGAAAUGAAAGGGGGAGGCUGAGCAAACGGAGGAUCCAGCCGGUGCCACGCUUCAGGGCCAUGGCCCAGUCCAGAGCCUGUCGGGAGCAGGACUGUUUGCGGGAGGUGACGCUCUCCACCCAAAGGCUGCGGGUGCUGCCUCCAGCAGUGCUCAAUAACCCCGCUCUGGAAAGCCUUGACCUCGACAGGAACAAACUCAGGAGCAUCGCCGGCAUUUCUAAACUUGGCAACCUGAAGAAGCUCAUCGUAUCCAAGAAUGAGAUUGUGGACUUUCCCAAUGAAAUCCAGAGCCUGAUCUAUUUAGAGAAGCUUGAACUGAAUCAGAACCAAAUCCGGGUCAUUCCAGAGGGCAUCUUCUGCCAUCUCCCCAGGCUUAAACACUUGCGGCUGAACAACAACCGUCUUGGUGCUCUUCCCAGGGACCUGGCAGCUUGUCGAGGCAGCCUCCAGUACCUCAACAUCUCCAACAACCUGUUCCGAACCUUCCCCCAGCCUGUCCUGCAGCUGGCAAACCUGCAGGAGCUCCACGUGCAGAACAAUAUCCUUCGCCAGCUCCCCAGGGAGCUCUUCCAGGGACAGGCACUGAAAACAUUCAAGGCCAAUGGGAACCCGCUCAGGGAGCCGCCCAGCGAGGUCUGUGCUGGUGGCAUCCAGCAGAUCCUGAAUUAUUUCAACCAGCUUCAACAAGGUUCAGGGCAGGAGGACAAGAGGAUCAAGACCAUGUUCCUGGGGGCCUCGCUGGCUGGGAAAUCUACCAUCUGCAAAAGCCUGAAGCAGAGGCAAGCCAAACUGGUGCCCAAGGAAGAACGAACAGUUGGGAUAGAGAUCAGCGAGUUCCGGAUCGAAGACUUCACCUUUCUCUUCUGGGAUUUCGCUGGCCAGCUGGAGUAUUACAUGACGCACCACGUGUUCAUCACGCCACAGGCACUCGUCAUCCUUGUCAUCAACCUCCACAUGUAUCAAACUAAUGAUGAUGCUUUCAAGGACCUCGUUGGUUUCUGGGUCAACAACCUGUUCAUGCGAGUCCCAAACUCUGUGGUGCUUCCUGUGGGAACCCACAUAGACUGCUGUCAGAAGCAAGAGGUGGAGGAGAAGAGGUCCAACAUCAUGGCCAAGAUCACAGCCAUGCUGGCGGAGAGAAAGAGCAACCUCACUCAUUUCAUCAACAAUCUGGAGGACAGUGAGGAACCUGAGGUUUAUGUGGACCAGUGGGAGAGGCUGAAGGAGAUGGAGAGAUGCACAUUAACCAUCUUAGACCUGGUUGCUGUGAACUGCAUGGAUCACCGUGAUAUCAAAAAGCUCGAAGCCACAAUUCUGGAACAUGUGAAGAAUGAGGAGCUAUUCCCUGAGGUUGUCCGCGUGCUGCCACCCAUCUACCAGCAGGUGGAAGCUGCCAUUGUGGAUAUCACCCAGAGCGAGGAGAUGGCAGACCACGGCAUGAUGAACCUCCAGUACCUGCUCAGUGAACUCUCCCAGCGAGAGCACCUGGCCAACCUGGACAGAGAGCUUCUCCAGGAUAUCCUGCGCUACCUCCACCGCAUUGGCCUUCUUGUGUGGUACGAAGAAAUCAAGCACCUGGAAAGCACUGUCUUUCUGCAGCCCACCUUCCUAAUAACUACAUUCAAGCUCCUCGUGAGGGACCGCCUGGUCCAGCAGCUGGAGAGCAUCUCUGCGGACACGCUGAUUGCGGAACAUGCCACCAUCAGGGACAGGUCCAACUGGGUGUGGGCCUUCAAGUCAAAGGCAAUGCUGUGCCAUCAGGCAGUGCGUGCUUUGGUGAAGUACCAGCUCUGUUCGGAAGGGAUGCAGGAUAUCUUUGAGGAGAUCAUGGGGGACAAGAGCCACAGGGGGAAAGGGAAGCUCUUCAGCCUCCUGGAGCACUUUGAGCUCUGCCUGGAGGUGAGGCAAGCCAAAGCACUCAAUCCUCAGGCCAGUGAGUUUGUGCCCGGGAAGACAUGGGAGACAACACAGGACCAAGGCGAGUCCUGGUACUUGUUCCCAACCUACCUAAACCAGACUGAAGAGGUCGCUGAAGUGUGGGGAGGAGAUCACCGUGAGGACCUCCACAUCCGUAUCUACUUCUCCCCUGAGAUACCUGAGGGCUUCUUCCACAGGUUCCUUGUGAAAGCUUGCUCCUUCUACUCCACACAUUGGGUGGCCAAGGCAACCUGUCUGCUCGUAUGCAAUGGCAAACCUCUGCUGAUUAAAGAGAACAACCAGCGGGCGUACAGCUACCUGGAGUUGAGGUGCAGGAAGCCAGCAGGAGCAAGAGCAUUCCAGUUUGCUUGGGACUUCCUCAUGGCGGUUGUGUUUAUCAUCCAGAAGCUCUCUGAAGAAUGGCCAGGGCUGCACGUGUGUGUGAAGACCCCUUGCCGCACGGCCGGCUGUCCUGCAGAGCUCAUCUGGCCAGACAUGGAUGGCAAAAUCCCCAUGACAAAGGAAGAUGUUAAGACCUGUGGAACAUGUGGGCAUCGUUUUGCUGCAGAGCUGCUCUUACCCAAAGUGCCUGGGCAGCCAGAAGCAUCCCCAGCACAGCCCCCUGUCCACUACUACGUUACCAGCUACGGCACCACCACCUUUGGGCCCAGCAGUAUCCAUGUCACCCGCCAGAACAUCACCGGUGACUGACUGCAGGCCAGUGGGGAGAGAGGCUCACAUGGAAGACAAAAGAACUGUUUUAAGCUGAAGUCAAGCUCUCCUCAGCACGCCGAGCUUACAAGUACUACUUGCAUCCUUACUGAAGGGCAAUAAAUCCAUAAAUCAA